AUGAAAGCGAACGCCUUCCACGCGCUUGCGCUCCUUCCCACUUUGGGUUGGGCAUUUCCGCAAAUGGCCGGUGUAAACUCACGGGAGGAGAUGCUGGAGCAGCUGAAGCAGCAACGAGAAGAGGAGCGCGUCGUCGAGAAGCGCAGCCCAAUUCCGGACCCAUCGCCCCAAUUGCUUAGUGGGCUUGGUGGGCUUGGCAGUGUUGUAGGAUCGCUCACCGGAGACAUCACAGGUCUUCUAGGCUCCGUCGCCUCGGCCAUCAGCCCCGACAACAAACGCCCGGAGGCGGGAUACACCUUCAAGGCUCCGGGUCCAAAUGACUCUCGCGGCCCUUGCCCGGGCUUGAACCUUUUGGCAAACUACGGCUAUCUUCCCAGGAAUGGAUAUGUCAAUCUCGGUCAGGUUAUCCAAGCGACUGCACGUGGUUUUAAUAUGGCAGCUGAUCUCUCCACUCUACUCGGGGUUUUCGCGGUUCUGACUGACGGCGACAUCGCGACCGAGUCCUGGUACCUUGGAACUAGUCCCACCAAAGUUGGCGGUCUCAACCGCCAUAGCACAGUCGAAGCUGAUAUCUCACCCAACCGCGAGGACUAUUAUAAUGGAUGCGGAGACAAUCAUCACCUGUCCUCACGACUCUUCAAACAAAACGUUGCGUUAGCGGCUGCCUCCAAAGACUUCGGCUUGACAACCAUGGCAAACCAAUACCUCUACAAUUCCCAGUUCAGCCAGACAAACAAUCCUUACCUAUAUUACUUCCCAUUUCCCUCUAUAGUCAGCCUUGGUGCUUUCGCCUUCUAUCCCAACUUCUUCUCCAACGGAACCUAUGGUGCUGGUGGUGUUGCCAACUAUGAGUCCAUUUCAAGCAUUAUUGGUGCUCGGUACAACAGUACGACUGGCGAAUUCGAGUAUGUGCCAGAAAGGUGGCCUGAACAAGGAUGGUAUCGUCGUGCGACGCCAUAUGGAGCUGUCCAGACACUCACUGAUGGUUUUGGUGCCAUCUACACAAAAAAUCCUGUUGCGAUGCCCAUUGCACAAUUGGGAACUUCCAAUCUGACUCCGCAGACCAUACUUUGCGACGUUGUUAUGGGAUUGAAUAGUAUCACUCCCCUUGCUUUGGCUGGACAAGCUCAAUCCGUUGAGGCCGAGGUUACCUGGGCUCUCGCCAAGCUGGGCGCUGUCGGUAUUAGCUCGACCAUCCUGGGAUGCCCUGCCUCUGCCCUCAGUCCCGACGUUGCUGUCUAUCCGAACAGCACCAACAAGGGUGGUCCACUCAACCCCCCUGCGAGCGUUGCAGCGAAUACUGGUAAUAAUGUUUACGGCAAGACAUAUUUCGCUGGUAGCGCGCCCACCACUCCCAAAUGUUCCCACACCUCUUGA